CCGGCAGUCGCACUGGAAGGACCGGUGUAGCCAGUCGCGAUGCUCCAGCAGAAGUAAUCAGCCCCUUCUGCCGACCUCGCAUGCUCUGAUCGCUUCUCUGAUCUUACGCUUCUUAUUACGGUGUGCUCUUAUUUUUCGUACACAUCGGGACAGGUAGACCACGAAAUUGAUCGAUCCCAGCAUGGCGUCGAGGAGAAAUGUUGCUCUGUGCGCAAUUUUGCUAGCAGCGAUGUGCGUAGCUGCCGCUGCGGACUCCGCUUUUUUGGUGGUCCAUAAGAAAGCGGACCUUGUGAAAGCCAAGGGCACGGAGAAGAUCACUGUCUCCAUCUCCUUGCACAACGCCGGCACCUCGACAGCGUACGAUGUAACUUUGAAUGACGACACCUGGCCUGGGGAGUUGUUUGACGUUGUUGAAGGCAAUCCGAUUCAAGCAUGGGAGAAGCUGGAUGCAGGGGCCACCUUGGUCCAUUCAUUUGUUCUGACGGCAAAGGUGAAAGGACCAUUUGCUGGACCUCCCGCGGUGGUGAAAUAUAGAAUGGCUGCCAAAUCUGUGUUGCAGGAGGCCUAUUCAACUCCUCUUCCUCAGUUGGACAUUCUAUCAGACAAGGCUGCUGAGAACAGAUACGAAUGGAUCAAGAAAUUUGGGGUGACAUAUGGUCCCCUGAUGUUGGUUUUGUCGGUUGUAGGAUUGUUUGUUGCCCUGUUAGUUAGUCCCUCCAAGUCGAAAAAGUACACCAAGGCCGGUAAGAAGAGAAGGUAAACCGUUGGUCAGCCUUGCGUGCUCUACAAGCCCCUAUUGAGACCUUUUAGAAGGCCUGGUUCCCGGAUAUCGUAUACCAGUAAAUCUUCGGAAGGCAGCUCUUUUUGUUCGUUGUAGAUGGUGGUAGAAAUGUGUUUUUGUACUCCAGGUUUAAUUUUCUAUGGAGAAAAGUGGCGUCUUUCUUUAGAAGGAAAGGAUUCCAUGAGCCGGUUAGAGUUGAGGUGGAUGAGAGCUGAGGCCGCGACUUCAAGAGCCUCUAUCUGCUGCACAGUUCAACUUAUUGAGUAUUGAAGGAGAGUGAUUCUGCUGUGUCACUUCUUAAGACCUAUACGAGUGUUCUGUGAUGGAGCUGAGGUGUACGUCUUGUUGUUGUUUCUUAGUGCAAAUUUUUUGACUGCAUGCUUC